AUGUUCUUCUGGUGGCUUGUUGUUGGCGUACUUGUGGCGUCCAUCGCCCUGCUUACUCUGCUGCUGGCCCCACUGCCCACCUUCCUUGCGUCGGGCGCGGUUCAACUGAUUAACGCCAUCCAGCGCCCCCUUUGGGUGGUGCUCAGCCUCGUUUCCUGGGUUCUUGUUGAUGCUGCAUUGGAGGUGCGAAAGCACAGCGGCGUUAGCGACAGCCACUAUGCUGAGCGUGCCGGCCUCCCGAUGAUGACGCACAACAUCAAGUGGCGUGCGGAGCGUAACUUCUACUUGGCCGGCUUCACGUGGACGCUGCUCCUCAUCGUUCUGCGUUGCCACUACCUCGCUCGGUCCAAGCUGGAGCUCAUCGCUGAAAACAGGCGCAUGCGCGCCGAGAGGCAAAACCAGUAG